CUUUUGAAGAUGGCGUCUUUGCCAUAGCAAAAGUGAAAAACUAUAUAAACAAGUAGAUGUGAUUUAGGAUGCCAAAUUCUUACCUCCAAGCUUCCUAAUUCAAUCUUCAAGGGUCUUUCUCACGUAAAAUUCUGUUCAUGUUUUUCCUCCUUUAAUACACACACUGAUGCGUCCAAAACUACCGCUCGCCAAACUCUUCCUCUUCCUUCUUCCUUAUUCCUUAUUUCAACCCAUCACCCUUCCCCUACCAGUUAUGAGUUAACAUAAUAGCAACCGAGAGAACUAAGAUCCUUUUUCAAAGAUUAAACGUAAAAUGGGAAGUUGAGAUUGGUUCUCCGUUUGUGAUCUUUAUCUUGCAGUUUAACUGUUUGAUAAAUUGUCUCAUAGAUGAAGGGAGAAGGGCAAUCAAGAUUUUUGUUUGGGAUUUCUCUUACAGAUAGACCCAAAUGGCAACAAUUUUUCAUUUGCUCUUCUGGCUUCUUCUUUGGCUACCUUGUUAACGGCAUUUGUGAGGAAUAUGUAUAUAAUAGGCUUCAAUUCAGCUAUGGAUGGUAUUUCACAUUCUUUCAAAGCUUUGUCUACUUGAUACUCAUAUACUUUCAAGGUUUCACUCCUAAACAAAUGGUGAACCCCUGGAAAUUAUAUGUUAAAAUCUCUGCUGUUCUUAUGGGUUCUCAAGGAUUGACCAAAGGGUCUUUGGCUUUUCUCAAUUAUCCUGCACAACUCAUGUUCAAAUCAACAAAGGUGUUACCUAUUAUGAUAAUGGGUGCCUUCAUUCCUGGAUUGAAAAGGAAGUACCCACUACAUGAAUAUGUUUCUGCUGUUCUUUUAGUUGUUGGCUUGAUACUCUUCACUUUGGCUGAUGCCAACUCUUCUCCAAAUUUUAGCCUUAUCGGUGUUGUGAUGGUUUGCGGAUCUUUAAUCAUGGAUUCAUUUCUGGGUAAUUUGCAAGAAGCAAUCUUUACCAUUAAUCCAUAUACUACACAGAUGGAAAUGCUAUUCUGCUCAACGGUUGUUGGAUUGCCUUUUCUAGUUCCGCCAAUGAUCAUAACAGGCGAAUUGUUUAAAGCAUGGCAUUCAUGCUAUGAACAUCCUUACAUAUAUGGGGUCUUGGUGUUUGAAUCUGUGGCCACAUUUAUCGGUCAAGUAUCUGUUUUAUCACUCGUUGCUCUUUUCGGUGCUGCUACCACUGCCAUGGUAACAACCGCAAGAAAGGCGGUAACUUUAUUGUUAUCUUAUAUGAUAUUUACAAAACCAUUGACCGACCAACAUGGGUCAGGGCUAAUACUGAUAGCCAUGGGUGUGAUCUUGAAGAUGUUGCCGAACCAUAAGGUUCCAGGAACCACUCAAUGGUCAGACACUGGGAAACAAGUGAAAUGGCACCUUAAAGAACAAAAGAGUGCAGAUCUUGAAGAAAAGAGGCCUCUGGUGUAAGAUGGUCAACAAAUUUCAAUGGCUUAGAUUAAUCCUUAGCAGAUUUCUUGAGAAAAGUACGUGAAAUUAUAAGUGGGAUUUCACUUUUGGCUCAUUAGAUCAAACAGUGUUGUAUAAAGUCCCUUUCUUGAGAUAGAAAUGAAGUCCAU